AUGGGCAUCACCGUCAAGUCACGCAAACACAACAAAGAAAGUAGCACUUCGACAUCAGACCUCAAAUUGCCUGCACGCCCGGCGAAAUCACGAUCGAAAUCACCAUCUGCGAAAGCGACAUCUACAUCCACAAAGCUGAUCCGUCCAGACUCAUUCACAGGGCUAUCCAAGCUCCCGCGCGAGGCCGCCUCCAAACCCGCGCCAUCACCCUCCAGCUCCACUACUUCUCUAACCACCACCACGGACUUCAGCGACCAGCACGCCUUCCGUGCGCUCCCGGGUUUCCAGUGGCAGCGCAACGCAUACGGGCUGAUCGACUGCUUUGCCGACUGCGACAAGAAGAGCUAUGGGUACGGCGGGUUCAAGAAGCGCCGCAACUUCCUGGUGCAUCUGCGCGAGAUCCACGGCCAGGACAUUGGAAGCUAUGACCGCAGGGGCACCCGCGGUUGGAAGGGGACACAGAGGAAGCAGACGAUGAAGGAUAUUGGCGAGAUGGCGGAGGGGGAGGGCGCGGAGGCGGGGGCCCGCACGGGGGAGGAUACGGAUUAUGGAAUGGAGUCGGAUGGGCUGCUGGAGCCGCCGAUACAGUUCUGGGUCCGGAGGGAUUCGAGAGGGGAGGUGGAAACGAAGGAGUGUCCACUUACACGAAACACCAAGGAGGAAGCCGUCUUGGAGCAGGAUUCUCCUGAUGAUAUUGAUAGAGAUGAAGAGAUGGGAUAUGGAUAUCAUGAUUGGCCUGAGGACGAGAUACAGUUUGAGCCGUAUCACCUGUCUCAUUUCGAUCUGUUUGGUGUCUGGCUGGAGCGGAAGAUGGGAACACAACUAGACUGGUGGCCUCUGAGGCCGCCGGUCCACCCCGACACAUCUGGCCUGACACGGAUGUCCUGGAAAUGCAAAUGCGGAUCCACACUCUCAAGCGUGAUCCCCACCGACACCGUCGGGAGCUACCAGCGUCCCCAGUCUUCAUCCGGCGGCAGAAGCGGGCCGGGUGGUCUCGGCAUCUACCCCAUUAAAAAACCCGGGCCUCUCCCACCGUCCCCCCAACCCACUGCCGCCCAUCCCCCUCCAGCAGGCGCACAGGUCCACACCAAGCCACCCCCGAAAUCCCCCGCAACCCCACCACCCAGCGACGGCCCCGGGCGUCCCCAGGCCGCAAAACGCCCUCAGACACCCCCCGACAGUCGCCUUCGGAGCGCCUAG